AUACCCAUUAAAACUUGGUUUUUCCAGGUAGAUGAGCUUACUGGGUUUGAUUGGUUGUGAUGAUGCAUCAAUAUAUACCAUGUUCUAUGGACAUGUACACACACACACACACAUACACAUACACAUACGUAUGCAGUUGCAAAAAAAAAAUAUCUAAGGUUGGUUGUCAAUUGCUAUCAGAAAUGCUAUAAAUAACUCAUCUAGGGUUAGGGUUAACAGCUGAGGUCCUCUUGCAAUUGUCUUGAUCUUUCACUCCCUAACUAUUUCCAACCGUAGAAAUUAAAACUUAUUUAUAUAUUUUUCUCUUCUUCUUUAAUAUAUAUACGUUAUUACAACUUUAGAUUCCAUAAAAAAGUCAAGAAGAAGAAGAAGGAGCUGAGAGGAAAACUGAAGGGAGAAAAGCAUGAGGAAGCGUCAGGUGGUAUUGAGGAGAUCUUCCCCAGAAGAACCUUCUAGAAGCUCGUCGACAGCUUCAUCUCUGACGGUGAGAACUGUGAGAUACGGUGAGUGUCAGAAGAACCAUGCCGCCGCGGUGGGAGGUUAUGCCGUUGACGGCUGCCGAGAGUUCAUGGCAAGCCGGGGUGAAGAAGGUACAUUGGCAGCUCUAACGUGCGCUGCCUGUGGCUGCCACCGCAGUUUCCAUCGAAGAGAAAUCGAAACCGAGGUUAUUUGUGACUGUAAUUCACCUCCUUCUACUGGAAAUUAGACUAGAAAAAAAAUCUAGAGCUAGCUAUGAGUUUGUUUGUGUCUUUGUGUGUGUUAUAUAUACAGAUGAAACUGAAAAUAUUAUAUUUGCUUCUUCUUCUUUUUUUUUUUUUUUCCCUUCUUUUAUUUUAACGGCUUGUGUUUCUUUGUGAAUUUAAGAAGAAACUAUAAGAGAUUUAUAAUCGGAUGAGGUUGAAGCAGUGAAAGAUUUAUAAUAAUUGGAUGCUUUUGGGGUUUGGGAAUGUUGUUUAGGAAAAGUUUAGGGUUCUGAUGUAAUAUAUUAAGAAUGUUGUUGUUGUUUUUUGUAUUAUAUUGUUUAAUUUGUUUUAUGGUUGGGUCAUAUUAUUGUCUUUUGAUUAUGACGAAGCAUAUUUCGUUUCAAUUCAAUGUCCACUUAAGACAGUGUAUUUGUGAAAGGAAUUGGUAACGAAUCCAAUAUGUGUUAUUUACAGAUGAAUGAAUGAAUGAGAUUGAUUGUUCCUUAA